AUGCCACCGCCCCAUGAUCAGGCGUCAGAUGGGGCUCCUAAACGCUAUGGAACAUCGCCAUCAAGCACAGCCCUGACUGCGACGAGCAACAUUAUUCUGCCUGCACAGCUAACCCUGCCCAGUAUCCAAAACAGCACUCUAGCUCAGGGUAUUAAAACGUAUCUACUGGAAAGGGUAGGAGCUGGUAAAAGCUAUCCCCUCAUGCUGGAAACAGACACAAUGCGAAUCCUCAGUUAUGAUACGUGCCCAGAGGACACGACUGUUGAUUUCCAAGGACUGUUCACGUGGCCGGAGAGUUUCGCAGCGGAUUCAGUUAUCUUACCAUGUCCCGUGGUGCUGGAUGAUCGCCAGCUUGGAUACGCAACACGUGACUGCGUGGCAUCUGCUAGCUAUGACCGGGCAGUAUUGACCAUUCCCACCUGGAGUGAUCCUGAUACUUCAGCCUGCCCAUCACCCAUCACGGAGCAGCUGCUAAAGCUUUACAAGGUGAAACUCACCACUGAAGAACCUGAGAUGCUGAUCGCUACUGCAGAAGCGUUGUCCAACAUCACCAAGAACACCUCAAUCUUGUCCACAGAUGACAUAGACGUGGCAGCCAUUACACUUGAAAAUCUGAUAUCAGUGGUUUAUUUCGAUCCAGAUCUCAACGAGACAGUAGAACGACAGGUAGCACUUUGUGUUCUGGAGACUGCCGACAAUAUCCUCAGUGUGAGGCAUGCGAUAAUCAAGCCGCUGCCUGCAUCAAGGUAG